UAGAAGCACUUAGUACUUAGUUUCCAAAUCUAUAGCUGUGUGCUUUCUUUUCACCGGCAACAUCGUGCAUUGCUGAUUAUCGGCAGGCAGGUCAGUCAUCUUCCGUUUCGGCGACAAGUCAAACAAGGCUGAGAAACUACGUGGCCAGGAACGAUAUCGACGCAAAAGACUAACACAGGGCUGUUUGCAGAACUACGCUGAAUGAAGAGCCAGCAAGCAAAAUGCGAGCAGCACAGUUGGCAUGGUUCAUUCGUGUUUCGAAGGCUGGUGCAGCGUAGAGAUAUGGGCGCAGCCCAUUCGUGCUUGGGGAUGGUAAAAGGGCGACAGGAGAGAGGCACGCGGAGAAGGCCGGAAAAUGAGCGCGCGGCGGCCAUUCGAGCAGUGGGCCAUCGUGCAGCGCCUCGAAUUUUUCUUUUUCUUUUUUUUUUCUUUUCAAGGAUUUCGCAUUUCGCUACCUUUCAGCUCGGACACCGAGCACCCAGAGUACAUCGUUGUAACCAAUAAUGUGGCAUCGGGGCAUUGUAGUAAAUGGGUUACUUCACCAUGAGAAACAUACAAAAGUUGACGGUGCAGCAGCUUCUUAUUAUUAUAACCGAUAUAUUGUUAGAGGGCACGGCACACGCCUGAGGGACAGCAUGGCUGAAAAGCUACUGCUCGUUUUGCAGGUCACGUCGUGGUUUUCGGGUACAGCGAUCACUUGGGAUGGAUUGCCAUCCUGCCUGCCGUAUCAUCUCGACAACGACAUGCUAUCGGAUGCGACAACAUGCAAGCCGCGUGGCCCGUCAUUCCUACUUGGCCGCAUGGGGGACAUCACGGAUUUCCGAUUCGUCGACAAGCUUCUUUCGAGAAUUACGUCAUCGGCGGAACUUCUACAAAGGCAGCACCUCGACACCCACGGCCUCAGAGGGCACGGCACACGCCUGAGGGACAGCAUGGCUGAAAAGCUACUGCUCGUUUUGCAGGUCACGUCGUGGUUUUCGGGUACAGCGAUCACUUGGGAUGGAUUGCCAUCCUGCCUGCCGUAUCAUCUCUACAACGACAUGCUAUCGGAUGCGACAACAUGCAAGCAGCGUGGCCCAUCAUUCCUACUUGGCCGCAUGGGGGACAUCACGGAUUUCCGAUUCGUCGACAAGCUUCUUUCGAGAAUUACGUCAUCGGCGGAACUUCUACAAAGGCAGCACCUCGACACCCACGGCCUCAGAGGGCACGGCACACGCCUGAGGGACAGCAUGGCUGAAAAGCUACUGCUCGUUUUGCAGGUUGGUUCAUGGCCUGAUUCUAUUUCCUAUCGCAGUGACGAUAGAUUUCUCGUAGUUCUGCCGUGCCCUCGCAGAUGUCGCGCCAUUUUGGUUGACUGCUGGUCAGUGAUGCUGUUGUUGUUGACAUCGGGGGAUAUCGAGGAGAAUCCAGGGCCCCUGACGGAAAAAUAUUUGAAGGCCAUUCUAGACAACCAGGCAGAAACCGACCGAAAACUUAAUUCAAUUCAAGAACAAAUUGGUGUUCUCUCAGCAAGGACAGAAAAGCUGUCAGAUUACCUUGUGGUAAUCCAGGAGAUGACCACAACAAUAGAUAAGCUCGAGGAUACUGUCAGGCAACAGGCCAAAAAAUUAGUUGAGUUUGAAAACCGUGGGCGGCGUAACAACCUUUUAGUGUUUGGUGUCCCGGAAAAGGCGAACGAAACAGAGUCAGAUCUCAGGGCAGCUGUUGUAGAUAACAUUUUUAAAAAAGAACUAGGUGUCCAUGUCACCACAAUAGAAAGAAUUCACCGUAUUGGAAGGAAGAAGCCAGAAAAACAGAGACCUAUCAUAAUGAAAUUCUAUGACAGCAGGGAAAAGGACAGUAUUCUAAAGAAUUGCAAGAAACUUAAGGGAAAAUCUGUUCACGUCAGCAAUGAUUACGCAAAAGAAACUGCAGACGUUAGAAAGAAACUAUGGAAAUCUGCUAUUGUAGAAAGGGACAGCAAGCAAAAGGUGUCUCUGGUUCAUGAUAAGCUUAAGAUUGAUGACCGUCUAUAUGCCUGGGAUCGCAGUCGCAACGAGCGUGUUCUUUGCCAAGAACGCCGUGAUAAGGGCCGCCAUAGCAAUCGCAACGUGUCAGGGGAAGCUUGCAAUGACAAGGAGGGCAUGCCUUCCUGCAGUUCAAAUACAGCAUAGCUCAGAAUCGUUUCGUUCAAUGCUCGCAGUAUUCUUAACAAGGUUACUGAAUUAGAAUGUCUGUUGCUAUCUGAGCGACCGCACGUCGUUUGCAUUACAGAAACAUGGCUCAACAGUGCUAUUUCUUGCGACUGUAUUAUCCCACCUGGCUACACAAUGUUCAGGUGGGAUCGGGACUCUCGUGGUGGUGGUGUGGCCAUUAUUGUUAAAUCAUCGCUUACAGCCUGUACGGUUAUGUGUGACAUGUCGGAAUCGGUGUGGUGUAAAAUCAUGUUUUCUGGCAUGUCGUAUCUCAUAGGAGUCGUCUAUAGGCCGCCAACUACUUCACCCGAUUUUCUAGAUAUGCUAAAUACGUUUCUUUGCUCACAUGUAAACAGGAACACCAGGCUAAUAAUGACUGGUGAUUUUAACUUGCCAAAUAUCGAUUGGGAACUUAUUUCGCCUGGAAAUAAAGAAAUUUAUAGUGCCGAAAAAUUAUUGGAUAUCACAUUUUUUCAUAACUUAAGGCAAAUAGUGAAGGAAAACACACGUAUAACGUCCCAAUCGCAGUCAUUGCUUGACUUGGUGUUCCUUUCCCAUAAAGUAGGCGAUUAUGAAAUGGCAGUCACCGAUGGUAUAUCCGAUCACAAAAUCAUUUUGCUGAAUGUGCUUACUUCUACACCACCACCUACAAAACCUACUGUACGUGUUGAAAUCAAAGACUAUGCUAAGGCCGAUGAUACGUCUAUUCUAGAUUAUUUAGAAAAGUGUUUCAACGAAUUUGAAAAUGUCUCCGAGAUCGAAACAGUUGAAGAUUUGUGGCAGCGCUUUCAAGCUAUUAUUAAACUCUGCAUAGAUAAGUUUGUUCCGACCCGACUCAAGAAAACGAAGCGGAGUAACCCAUGGAUAACUAGGGAUAUUGUUCACGCGAAACGGAAAUUAAAAAGGCUGCGCAAAGGAAAAGCAGAUCCUAGGGAAAUACACGCAGUACGUCAGAGAAUAAAGGCUUUGCUACUCAGUUCGAAGCAAACAUUUUUUAAUCGCACUCUAAGUGAUUUUCUUAAGACUUCCCCAGAAAAAUUCUGGCGUUAUUUAGACCGCAGAAACGAAAAAAUAAAGCAAAUGACGGUAGGAAAUCGUAUAGUAGAAGAAAAAGGUGUUAUCGCUGAUGGAUUAAAUAAAUAUUUCCAAUCAGUAUUCACGCGCAGUGAUCGACCAUUUCCAGUAGAUGAUGGGGAAUCUUUCAGCGAAAGUUCCAUGGAUGCUAUCAACUUUACUCAGAGGGGCGUAUUCCAGCAGUUGCUACAGUUAGAUGACAAGAAGGCUUCUGGGCCAGACGGAAUACCUACUGGCUUUUUGAAAAGGUAUGCUGAGUGGAUAUCAUUUUAUUUGGUAAUUAUUUUUCAGAAAUCACUAAGCACCCAUUCCGUGCCACAGGACUGGCGUUGUGCAGUAGUUAUCCCCAUAUUUAAAAGUGGCAAUCGUACUCUAAUGAAUAACUACCGUCCUGUAUCCCUUACGUCAGUUUGCUGCAAGGUUAUGGAACACGUCAUAGCAAAACAUAUAAUUACCUUCCUGGAAUCAAAUGGCCUCCUUUGUGCAUGCCAGCAUGGGUUCCGACGGGGACUUUCCACAGUGACACAGCUCAUUGAGACAUUACACGAUUUUUACAAAGCUAUGGACAACCGUGAACAAAUGGAUGUUAUAUGCGUUGAUUUUGCCAAAGCCUUUGAUAAGGUUCCCCAUCGUAAAUUACUUUUUAAACUGUACAAAGCAGGUAUAAAUGGCGACGUUCUAAAAUGGAUUGAAAAUUAUUUAACUAACCGCAAGCAGGCAGUUCGCGUUGAUGGUUCCGAGUCUGGUUUUGUAGAUGUAUAUUCAGGAGUACCACAGGGGUCCGUGUUAGGGCCAACACUUUUUCUGCUUUACAUCAAUGAUGUAGCAACCGCUUUAGAUAGUUCUGCUAAGAUAAAACUCUUUGCAGAUGACUGCUUGAUUUUUGCGCCGGUAUCUUGUUUAGAGGAUCAGAUUAAGCUCAACCGAAACCUUCAGGCGUUUGGGAGUUGGUGUGACAAGUGGGAAAUGCGAAUCAAUUUUGAUAAGACGACAUACACGCAUAUCACUGCAAAAAAGAAUAUAUUUACUUUUCAGUACGAUAUUCUAGGCUACAAUCUAGUUAAUGUUCCUUGUUUCAAAUAUCUUGGUGUCUCUAUUUCGCAUGAUUUAAAAUGGCACAAUCAAGUAGAAAGAGUGUGCUCUGCGGCACAGAAGAAAUUGGGUUUUUUAAGAGCAAAACUGGGGAGGGCAACAAAAGAUGUUAAACUGCUGGCUUACAGAUCUCUUAUUCGACCAUCCCUAGAAUAUGCGUUAGUAGCAUGGGCGCCCCAUCAAAAGGUAAUGUGGGCCAAAAUAGAGAAGGUGCAACGC